AUGGCCAUCAUCCCCACUCAUCAAACCACACUCAGUCGGCGCAUCGGCACUCAACCAGCAGCCGAUCGUCUGGCCACAACGCUCCAAUCCAUCCACACCCAAAACACACGCCAGGAGAAACGUCAGACUAAGAUCAGGGUCACCGGCAUCGAACGUAACCGCAGAGAUCUCUAUAUCAAAUUUGACGCUUGGUCUAAUUUGACAACAACCAGAGCCGGCCAUUGUCCUAAUGUCUCCAGAUCUUACAAAGAAUUCUUGGCGUUCCACGAAGCGUUGAUCGCUAAUAAUUCACACACGAUCGUCCCACCGAUUCCAUUUCCAAACACCUCGGCACCCAAUCCAGCAGAUGACGACAGAUUAGUGGCCUCAGCCUUCCAGCAAUUCUUUGAUAGAUUACUCAUGAACGCCUUCCUGAGGAGCGACGACGAGCUGCGGGUAUUUCUAGAGUCAGAUUUCGGGUAUACGCCCCAGACGAAGAUCAAGAAGCGAUCGAUCACGAGUGGCUCGGGCUGGCUGGGCAAGCCGGCCGUCGGCUCCUCCGUGCGCACCUUGCCCUCGAGCACAAUCCAGCAGGGGCCCGGAGGAACACCGGACACGGUGGUAUCGAUCGUCGAGGAGGACGAGCUUUCGAAUGCAAAGCUACAGUUCAGACUGUUGGAGGACCGGCUGGUUGACGUUUGCCGGUCGAUCGAGCAGCUCUCCCGUUCCCGUCGCUCGCUGGCCCAAGCGCUCCUCGAUCUCUCCGGCCGGGUGACCCAGUUCUCGACGACCGAGUCGCACGGCGCUCUGGCCGAGGGAUUCCGCCGACUGGGGCAGACGAUCCGCGCGAUCUCCGAGCUCGAGACAAACAGCGCGGUGGGCUAUCUGGUGACGCUCUCCGACGGUCUGAGUUGGUGCUCGGUGAGCGCCAAGGCGGCCAAGGAUGUGCUCCGGAACCGGGCCGGGAUCUUGCACGAACACUACACGAGCGUCAAGAAAUCGAUCGAGAAACGCAGACUGAUCGAGCGGAUCAAGAGCAACACCCUCAACGUCUCCUCCGAGCGGGUCGAGAGCGCGCUCGACGAACUAGAGGAGGCCAAGAAAGCAGAGGAGACAAUCGCUCAGAAAGCCAUGCUGAUCUCGACCAACCUCAGACCCUCCUUGCGUACCCACUCGGAGCUCCUCCACGACGAUCUGCUCUACUCGUUGAUGGAAAAUGCCCGGACUCAGUUGAUCUAUGAGAAGCAGAUCCUCAAAGAGCUCGAGCGUGUCAAGCCCGAACUGGACUCGAUCAGCUUACGUCCGGCCAACGUGAUCUAUGGGCAUUCGUCGACGAGUGGUGCACCGAGCGUUGGGAAACAACCAACGAACACCGACCAUCGUCGCCCACGAGAGUCACUCGUCGACCAUCCCCACCAUCCAUCCACCAACCCCACCUCCCAUCCGCCCUCUAAUAACCUCCACCACCAGCCCGCAUCGGCUAUCAUCAACCACCACCAUAUCCAACCCACGCAGAUCCGAACAGGCGAGGUCUCGAGAAAAUUGGUCGUCCAUGAUCGGCUCGGCGAGAACGUUGACUGUCGCCAACGUGUCGACGCUAAAAGCGCCGCCGCCUCACUCGCUCGCUUGUUCUGA